AUGGUUUGUUCAGAUCUAUGUAAAGUUUGUAAUACAGAUAAACAUCCGAUCUACUAUUGCAAAAAGUUCAUUGAAAUGACUCCUCCUGAACGAUUAAAUUGGAUUCAACGACAAAAACUAUGUGUGAAUUGUUUCAAAUCCGAUCAUAAAGCAAAGGUUUGUGAAGCUGGAUCAUGUAAAAAAUGUGCCAAGAAGCAUAACACUUUGCUCCAUUUAGAGCAACAGUCACCUAAACCUUCAAGGGCACCAGCAACAAACACAAAGUCAACCACAACAUUGAUCAACGCUAAUGAAUCGCCAUCCAUAACAGCAACAACUAAUGCAAAGUGUACUCGUAAUUACGUUCUGCUAGCCACUGCAAAGGUGCGCAUUAUUGCAAACAAUGGACGAACGUGUGAUGUUCGUGCCAUACUCGACUCAGGGUCUCAAGUGAACCUAGUAACCCAAAGAGUAAUCAACAAGUUAUCUUUAAUUACCACAAAUUCAAAUCUAUCGAUCGAAGGUAUUGGCCGUCAAUUCGGGAACUCAAAAUCUCGCGUAAAUGUUGAACUGCAGGCUACUAAUGGAAGCUUCAGGACGAGACUAGAGGCAUUUGUACUGCCACAAAUAAUAUCACCACAACCGUCACGAGACCUAGAUAUCUCGGAUUGGCAGAUCCCACAGAAUGUAGAAUUAGCAGACCCCAGCUUUAACAGAUCUGGACGAAUUGACAUACUGAUUGAACAAUUGAUAAUAGGAAAGAAUUCGCCACUGUUACAAAAUUCGGUUCUAGGUUGGUUGGUGGUUGGUAAGACUAAAACUACAACAGAUAUUAAACCAACAUGCGCUAUUACUACAGGAGAAGUUGGUGAAAUGUCAGAAAUGAUAGAACGAUUUUGGAAGUUAGAUAACAUUGAGACUGCAGAAAGGGUUUUGACUUUAUCUGAGAAAUGGUGUGAAAAUCACUUUACAAAUCAUGUAAAGACAAAUCACGAUGGUCGUUUCAUUGUACGCUUACCUUUCCGCGAAGAUCCCACAACACUUGGUAGAUCGCGUGAGAUAGCAUUCAAUCGAUUUUGUUCUCUGGAAAGGAAGUUACAAAGGGACCCAAAUUUAUACAAGGAGUACAUAAAGUUCAUGGAUGACUACGAGUCAUUAGGUCACAUGGAAAAAGUUUGCCCGAAAGAUGUCAAAGGAGCACAAUAUUUCAUUCCUCAUCAUUGUGUCUUGAAACCUGACAGCACUACAACCAAAUUGAGAGUUGUCUUUUAUGCAUCAGCAAAAACAUCAAGCGGUUUAGCACUAAACGAUAUUUUGCACAAAGGUCCAACAGUGCAAAGUGAUCUUUUUUCAAUACUGUUGCGUUUUAGAAUACACCGGUUUGUAUUUACGGCCGAUAUUGAGAAAAUGUACCGGCAAAUUCAAGUACAUGAUGAAGAUACAGCACAGCAGCUGAUAAUCUGGAGAAAAAGUGCUGAUGAUAGUAUACAAUAUUACCGACUGAAAACGGUUACAUAUGGAACAAAGUCAGCCCCUUAUCUUGCAACAAAAUGUCUUCAACACCUUGCGAAACAUAAUAUGACCAACUAUCCGCUUGGAGCACCUGCAUUACUUAAUGAUUUUUAUGUAGAUGACUGUUUAAGCGGAACUAACAGCAUCAUUACCGCCUUAGACACUCAACAACAACUUACGGAACUGCUCAGUAAAUCAGGAUUUAAGCUGAGAAAAUGGUGCUCAAAUAAUACACGACUCCUACAAAACAUUCCGAUAGAAGACCAAGAAAUCAACCUUGAUUUAGAUGACUCAGCCAUAAAGCCAACAAAAACAUUAGGCAUUAUUUGGCUCCCGAAAUCAGACGAAUUUUGCGGAAAGGCAGAGAUGUCAUCAGAGCAACCUAUCACGAAGCGGAUUAUGGCAUCGGACUUAGCUCGAAUUUUUGAUCCUUUGGGAAUUUUUGGCCCCAUUACUGUAACAGCUAAAAUAUUCAUGCAGGAAUUGUGGCAACAAAACUAUUCCUGGGAUGCGGAACUGUUACCUCAGGCUCAGCUAGAAUGGAAGCGGUUUAGAACUGACUUACAAACAUUAAAUACUGUGAAAGUACCCAGACAUAUUUUUAAUUCGACGGUUCCCUGUUCGAUUCAAUUACACGUGUUUACGGAUGCAUCAGAGAAGGCAUAUGGAGCAGCUAUGUACGUGCGAGCAAUAUAUAAUGAUAAGACAAUAACAUCGAGACUAUUGUGCGCCAAAUCUAGAAUAGCACCAUUAAAGAAACAGACACUUCCACGACUAGAACUCUGCGCAGCAUUGCUGGGAGUCGAAUUAGCAGAAAGAGUUAAACAAGAUUUAAAGUAUCAAAACGUGCCAACCUACUUUUGGUCCGAUUCCAAAAUUGUUUUGUCAUGGAUAAUAUCUUCAUCUGCCUCAUUGCACACAUUCGUAGCAAAUCGUAUUAGCAAAAUUCAAGAGAUGUCACAUGCUGAUCAAUGGCAUCAUGUGGCAUCAAAGGAUAAUCCUGCUGACAUCAUUUCCAGAGGAAUAAAGCCAAACCCAAAGGCAUUUAACAUCUCAACUGAUAUCGAAAGACGACAAGGACAUACAGUUAACAUUAUCAUUCAAACGACUGGUUCUGAUCACAUGAUAAAUCAAAUUGAUCAUCGAAACUCAUUCAGAUACCUCCAAAGAACAAUUGCUUAUGUUCGCCGUGUAUUUCAUCGCACACAAUCACCAACAAGAACACUUUCUCCAAAAGAAUUACGAGAUGCAUUAGUCUUCAUAAUUAAAACUAUUCAGGGCUCAGAAUUUGCAAAGGAAAUCUCUGAUUUAAAACAAUGUAAAGCAGUCAACAGUUCGAGUCAACUAAAUACUUUAGCACCGUUCAUUGACGAACAAGGUGUACUUCGUGUUGGAGGAAGGCUUGAAGCAUCAACAUUGCCAUAUGAUGCUAAACACCCAAUG